AUGUGGUACAUUUUUCUGAUUAACACACUGACCAUGGGCAGGAGAAAACCUACCCUCCCAAUUCCUGGCAGAUUUGAUCGGCGAGUAUCAGUCUGUGCUGAGACCUAUAACCCUGAUGAGGAAGAGGAAGAUACUGAUCCAAGGGUGAUUCAUCCUAAAACUGAUCAACAGAGAUGCAGACUUCAGGAAGCUUGCAAAGAUAUUCUCCUUUUCAAAAAUCUUGAUCAGGAACAACUUUCUCAAGUCCUUGAUGCCAUGUUUGAAAGGACAGUCAAAGUUGAUGAGCAUGUCAUUGACCAAGGAGAUGAUGGAGACAACUUUUAUGUCAUAGAACGGGGAACCUAUGAUAUUUUAGUAACAAAAGAUAAUCAAACUCGCUCAGUUGGUCAGUAUGACAACCGUGGCAGUUUUGGAGAACUUGCUCUGAUGUACAACACCCCGAGAGCUGCUACCAUCGUUGCCACUUCAGAAGGCUCCCUUUGGGGACUGGACCGUGUGACUUUUAGAAGAAUCAUAGUGAAAAACAAUGCAAAAAAGAGAAGGAUGUUUGAAUCAUUUAUUGAAUCUGUGCCCCUCCUUAAAUCACUAGAGGUGUCAGAACGAAUGAAAAUUGUGGAUGUAAUAGGAGAGAAGGUCUAUAAGGACGGAGAGCGCAUAAUCACACAGGGUGAAAAGGCUGAUAGCUUCUAUAUUAUAGAGUCCGGCGAGGUGAGCAUCCUGAUCAGAAGCAAGACUAAAGCAAACAAGGAUGGUGGGAACCAGGAGGUCGAGAUUGCCCGUUGCCAUAAGGGGCAGUACUUUGGAGAGCUUGCACUGGUCACCAACAAACCCAGAGCUGCUUCAGCUUAUGCAGUGGGAGACGUCAAAUGCUUAGUUAUGGACGUGCAAGCAUUUGAGAGGCUUCUGGGGCCGUGUAUGGACAUCAUGAAGAGAAACAUCUCACACUACGAGGAACAACUGGUGAAGAUGUUUGGCUCCAGCAUGGAUUUGAUCGAUCCCGGGCAGUAG